GAUUUGAUCGAGAUGUCUCGCAUGACAUUCGUCGGACAGCAAACCAGGGAUCGGCUCAACUGUGCCUUAGAUGCAGUGGUGGAAAGGACUCAGGACUUCACCGAUUCUGCGUACACGAGCCACGAGCACCGGGAGAAGAUUUUGCUACUCUGUGAUCGAGCCCGACUCGAGCUCAACACUUUGCUCAGAAUUGCGCUCUGCCUGGAACAGGCAAGCUCCACAUCGCCAAGUGAAGAUUUCGAAGCUUCCAUUACUCAAACCAUUAGAGCUAGCAUUGACUUGAAGCAAGAGCUACAAGACACUGCCUUAGACCAAAUCGACGAGCUUUUCAAACUGGACGCGAGCCAACUGGAACUGGUGGCCCGACUCCGGAACACAGCCCUGGCCUCAGACCACGAAAGGCUGGACGAGUACUGCGAACAGUUCAACGAGUACUGCGAACGGGUGCAGGAGGUGUGUCGGCUCCUACACCACACGUCGACCACCGAAACCACGCAAAUCACGUCCAAACACUUGGAG